AUGGCAUCUUUCUUCACAGCAAUCGGUGUAAAUCAUUUUAGAAGAAAAGUGCCCGAAAUGAUCACUGUGAGAGGACUUUUAAGGACUGCCACAACUUCAUAUCGUCAAUCGGCGAAGUUCGCGAUCCCACUACGUACACCUCGUCUUUUUGUAUAUACUAAAAGAUGGUACGCUCAGUCGUGGGAUAAUAAUCAGCCCAACAAGGACAUCGACGCACACUUGAAAGUACAAAGACUGCUGGAUGAGAUUCAAAGUCAUCCGGGUGUUGCUUCAAAAUUACGGGCCGUCAGCGAAAUAAUGGUCUCCAAGGGUCUUGCUAAUGAUUCUGCCCCGCCAGGUCCAUGGCAAGUGGUCAAAAUUUUAACCGACAAAGAUGUUAGGAAAGCGAUGGCAGAAUUUAAAGACGAACUGUCUAAAUCUGGCAUCGAGCUGGGACCUGAUCAAUUGGGACCAUUGAUGACGGUUUUAGGUAUGGAGAAGAAAUAA